GUAAGAGAGUCAUACAUUCGAAGGCGCCUAUUAACUACUGAUCGUGCAAUUGAGCGUUUAUGGCAGAGUGAAUUUAAUUUGGAUCAGUUAGCAACUAUGGCAACAUCCACAAUUGCGAUUCCUGUUCCAGAGCUCAUUGUUCCACAUGUUUGCGUUGAAACGAAUACCAGAGACCAAACGUCCAAAUUGAUACAUCACAUCCAAAUUGAUACACAAAAAAAAAAAUCUGCUCAUGAAAACAGAUAUUUGAAUCGAAAUCUCACAAUUCACGAUAUAGAGAACGAAAGAGGAAGACCUCUUUCAAAAUACGAUAGAAAUAUGUUGAUCUUCAACUGGUUGCAUUCCCUUGACGAGUCAGCAACAACUGAAAAUAUCAAUUGAAAUAAAAAAUUUCUUAUUGCUAUUUUGUAUAAUGAUAUAAUUCUCGUUAACUUUCAAUUAGACGAAAUUUAUUAUUAUCAUUUAAAUGAUGCUUAAAAAUUAAAAAUCUAGAAGUUUAGUCAAAUUAACCAAGUCUACGUUUUCAGCCUCGGUUUCUACUUCUUGAAGCAUUUUUAAUGUGUCCUGUUCCAUUUGCUGAACUAAUUCCGGCUUUCGAUACUAAGAAAAAUUGAAAUAUGAAAAAUAUAUUAAAUCGAAAUAAUGAAAUAAACUUACUGUUAUAAUCAAUGUAUUGUGCUGAUGUGAAA